UUUUUUUUUGUUCUUCUUUUUUUUUUCAUUUUCGUGUAUAGAGUUCUUCUGGGUACUGGUCUUUCAAUCAAUUUGAUUGAAGGGCCUCAUGGAGGUAAAAGGGUGAAAUGGGCUUGUGUAGUAUUGUUACGUAAAUGUGUACAGGCGUUUAGGUGACGAAGAAGGAAAGGGAUUUUCGCGGGUUUUCUUUGGGGGGCGGCGCCGGCGCCGGCGAGAAUUUUCAUAUAAAAAGAUGUCUGCUGCCGAUGUCGCCUUGAGCCCGGUUCGGGACGGGUCGGUGAGGUUCCCCGGGUAUUGCCAUAACAGGGCGUCUGAUUCCGGGUCGUGCGAGUCGAUCCUGAUAUACCUCACCGUCGGGGGUUCCGCGAUCCCUAUGCGCGUCUUGGAAUGGGACUCGAUUGCUUCGGUGAAGCUCAGGAUCCAGACGUGCAAAGGGUUCGUGGUGAAGAAGCAGAAGCUCGUGUUCGGAGGCAGGGAACUAGCGCGGCACGAUUCUCUCGUUAAGGACUAUGGGGUCACGGGUGGGAAUGUUCUGCAUUUGGUUCUCAGGCUUUCCGAUCUUUUAGUCAUCAGUGUUAGGACCGUUAGUGGGAAGGAGUUUGAGUUCCACGCGGAUCGUCAUCGGAAUGUGGCUUAUCUCAAGCAACGAAUAGCCAAGAAAGGGAAAGGCUUUGUUGAUCUCGAGAGCCAAGAACUCUUCUGCAAUGGCGAGAAGCUUGAGGACCAGAAACUUAUCAGUGACAUCGGUAAUAAUAGGGAUGCUGUGAUCCACUUGCUGGUCCAGAAAUCAGCAAAGGUUAGAGCUAAGCCCGUUGAGAAAGAUUUCGAACUCUCUGUCGAGGCAGCCAAACCAAAUGUUACUACAACAUAUGGAGACAAAUCUUCAGGGGGGCUUGCGGUUGUAGCUGGGGAGCCACCGCAACUGGGUCGAAAUUUCUCACUUGAACCAAUCACCGGCAAUCCUAGGGUCACAUUGCCCUCGGUCAUAGGGAAUAUGAUCAAGGCAACUUUUGAUGGCUUGGAGAGUGGCAAAUCACCUAUUAGGUCAAGUGAGGGCGCAGGAGGAACUUACUUUAUGCAGGACUCGCUUGGAGCCAAGCUUGUUUCCGUUUUCAAGCCCAUUGAUGAAGAGCCAAAUGCUGCCAACAACCCUCAGGGAUUGCCCGUUUCAUCUGAUGGCGAAGGUCUGAAAAGAGGGACAAGGGUCGGUGAGGGAGCACUGAGGGAAGUUGCAGCCUACAUACUAGAUCAUCCAAGAAGUGGGCCUCACAUUUUAACUGGUGAAGUAAUGGGAUUUGCUGGUGUGCCUCCAACUGUGAUGGUUCAGUGUUUGCAUGAAGGGUUCAACCAUCCUGAUGGUUAUGAUGGCACGACAAAGAACAUUAAGACUGGGUCUUUGCAAAUGUUUAUGGAUAACUAUGGAAGUUGUGAAGACAUGGGUCCUAGGGCUUUCCCUGUGGAGGAGGUCCACAAAAUUAGUGUGCUGGAUAUUAGAACGGCAAAUGCUGAUAGGCAUUCUGGGAAUAUCUUGAUUAGCAAGGAUGAAGAGGGUCGGACUGUUCUCAUACCAAUUGAUCAUGGAUACUGCCUGCCUGAGAGUUUUGAGGAUAUCACUUUCGACUGGCUUUACUGGCCCCAAGCUCAUCAACCCUACUCUCCUGACACGGUCGACUACAUAAAGUCUCUCGAUGCCGAGAAAGACAUAGCGCUCCUCAAGUUCUAUGGCUGGGACAUCUCACCUGAGUGCGCUCGCACGCUCCGCGUGUCCACAAUGCUCCUGAAGAAAGGGGUCGAAAGAGGCCUCACCCCAUUUGCCAUUGGGAGCAUCAUGUGCAGGGAGAUGGUGAACAAGGUGUCCGUGAUUGAGGACAUGGUCCGUGAGGCCGAGGACUGUCUGCUCCCCGGAAUGAGUGAAGCCGCAUUCCUCGAGACCAUCUCCCUGAUCAUGGACUCCCGGCUCGACGGGCUUGUCAAGUAACUUAUGUGUCCGGUCUCUUGCUUUCAUAUAUAUAGGUACAUAUGUGUAUGUAUGUCUAAAAAUCGAGCCCGAGUCCCAUUUUCGGGUGGGCUCGGCUCCUGUUUGUGCUUGGAUGGCUUAUAUAGUUCUUCAUGAGCCUGAAGCUUUCGGUUUGUUCUUUCCCUUCUGUCAGCUGACUGCUCGGAAUUUAUGUUUGGAAACGUUGAACAGAAGAAGUUCGAGAGAAUAUGAAUAAAAAAUCAUGUAUUUUUUCUCUUCUUCGGUCGAAUGGAAAAGAUUCAAAAGUGUGUAUUUAAUAA